UAACGGAAGAAGAAGUGACGCUAGAACUAGGAUCACAUGAGAAAUAGAGUCUGUAUACAAUAAGAAAGAUUUGGGAAUUUAGAAAAUAGUUGCAACUGGCGUGUGAUUUUACAAUAAAUGACGCGUGGCUGCAAAUAACUACAUUUACUACUUGCACUGUUACGACUUGGUUUUUUGUAUUUGUGUAAACGACAGAACAUUGUAUGCACGUGCUGCUAAUUCUGUACAGUAUCAAGAUACUAUGCAGAACAUUUCCUCAUAUAGCCAGGCCUAGUUUUCUUUGUGAUGUGGUGCAGCAGGCGGAUUUCAUAACAUGUAAAUAAUGGGCAGACGGACCUUAUUUGGCAAAAACCUCACUAGCAAACAAGUACGUCUGUGAUGCACCUACAGAUGUAUGACGAUCGGCUGCUUUAUGAAAAUAAACUAAACAAAAUGUCAUCGGAACAAAUGAUUGCCAUUAUGAUCGAGGAUAAAACUUACAGUGUAAGCAAAAGCAAGCUUAUAGAGAAAAGCGAUUAUUUUCGAGCUCUGUACAGUUCGGGCAUGAAGGAAUCCGAGGAGGAUUCGGUGCAGUUGCAGGGACUCAGCGUGCACGGUCUGGAGCUUGUCAUAGAGUUCAUAAAUACUGCUAAAGUGCAGAUUGAUAACGAGACCCUGGAGGACUUAAUCGAGACGGCGUCUUUCCUGCAAGUGACUUCCAUUGUCAAACUGCUCCUGUCCGAAAUCAAGCUGGACAACUGCGUGGAACUGUACAAGCUUGCGGAGUUUUACGGAAUCCACGACCUGAGCAGUGCUUGUCUCAAGUUCAUGACCUGUCACUACCAUCCGAUGGUACGGAGGCAGGAAUUCAGACACCUUCCCGCCGCCUUCAGGCAGCAGGUGCGGGACCUGAGGAUGAAAGGCACGGCUACUUUAAUAGCUAUUGGGGACUUCAUAGGCACCUCCCUGGACCUAGCCCACCAGGACGAGCCCUGGUCCAUGCUGAGAUAUGACGAGGUGUCUCAACGUUGGCUACCGCUGGCUAGCAACCUGCCUUCUGACAUGGUGAACGUCAGAGGGUAUGGGUCAGCAGUUUUGGACAACUACCUUUUCAUAGUAGGGGGCUACAGGAUGACUAGCCAGGAAAUAUCUGCUGCUCACUGUUACAACCCCUGUCGAAAUGAGUGGAAUCAGAUUGCAUCGCUAAACCAGAAAAGGUCUAAUUUUAAGCUCCUGGCUGUGAAUGGAAAGCUGUAUGCAGUGGGAGGGCAGUCUGUGAGCAGUGUAGAAUGCUACAACCCUGAGCUGGAUUGGUGGAGUUCCGUUGCUUCUCUCCCGGACCCCCUUGCUGAGUUCUCAGCCUGCGAGUGUAAGGGCAUGAUGUACGUGAUGGGAGGCUAUACAGCACGAGACAGGAACAUGAACAUCUUGCGGUACUGCCCCAGCUCUGACUCCUGGUUCGUAUUCCAGGCAUGUGAGGUCCACAUCCGCAAACAGCAGAUGCUCUCCGUGGAGGACACCAUCUACCUAGUUGGCGGCUACACCCAUGAGAUCGAGCCCAAGAAGAAGACAAGCCAGACAGAUGACAUGCUCACGGUACAAUCCUACAACAUCACCACGGGGGAAUGGCUCUACCUGAAAGAGAACACUUCCAAGUCAGGACUCAACUUGACCUGCACUCUACACAACGAUGGCAUCUACAUCAUGAGCAGAGACAUUGCCUUGCCCACCAGCCUUGAACACAGAGUGUUCCUCAAGUACAACAUAUUCUAUGACAUGUGGGAAUCCUUCCGGAGAUUUCCGGCAUUCGGGCAGAAUAUGCUGCUUUGUUCUCUAUACCUACCUAACGUAAUUUAGGUGUAUUUAUGAAUGACUCUGACAUGAUGUGUUCUCACCGCUAUAAUCACUGUGGGUGCUGCAAAGAUUUGUUUUCAAGUCUUAAUAAAUUGGUUACAUGUAAUGCAUUACCAUUCCGCUACCUAGGUGUCACUUGGUCCAUCAGUACUCUGGUUCCUAGCAGCUGACUGAUCCCAGAACUUUGUCUUGUUGGUUCUUAAAGCCUCUCAGUGAUUCAGCAUUGACGGCUUGGCAACUCAUUCCAUAAACUCACCACUUUGUAAAAAAAAAAAAAAGUGCCCCCUCUCUUUCUUCACUCAAUUUCCAGCUGUGUGGUCUUGGUCUCUGUUAAGUUUGGCAACUUCAUUUUGAAAAUUUCAACUAGGGAUGCAAGUCAGUUAUGAUCAGUUUGGUUUUUCUGUUAUUUUUGACAUCCAAUAGUUUUUCAGUAAAACCAAAAUGAAAGUAUAAAACCAAAAAACUUGGACUGAAUUUCUGCAACCAAUGGAGUAUUACAAAUGUGUUGUUUUGUAUUUAACUAUGACAAAUAAACUGAAUACAGUGUUACUGCAUCACUCAUACAAAUAUAUUAUACAACUAGACACACUGUUGAAAGAAUAAAAUAAUGUAUUAACC